AAAAAGCCAACAUUUGCAAAGCAUUCUAUUUCAAUAAGAUCAAGAAGACAUAAACCCGGUUUCUCUGAUUCCUUUUCAAGCAUUGGUAAAAAAAAAAACAGAAACACUUUCUUUCUUUUUUAUGUUCUUCUUGGUUAUGACAUGAUAAUGGUUUCUUUCCUUUGCUACUACUAUUGUGGUAAUAAUGGUGAUAAACCAGACUUGAAUGGAUUAGACACUGAAGAAGGUGGUGGUGGAGGAUGUUUAACAGAUUACUCUACAAGCAGUGUAGGAUCAAGAACACCUUCAUCUUCAAGAGCAAGCACUUCUGAUUCUGAGGCUCUACCAGGAAGUGGUGGUUCCAAUGCUAACAACCAAUGGCGUGGUUUCUUCAAGCUUCUCAAGAAAGGCUCACAGAUGCCAUUUCAACCAUUUCACCCUCUUAAGAAGAAUGUUCCUAAGUUAACUAGAAGGAAGAGUAAGAGGGUUAGAGAGGAUCUCAUUCCUUCUUCUUUUGACUCUGAGUUUGCCAACUUCAAAUCUUCAUGGAAGAAUUUCACUCUCUCUGAACUCCAGGCUGCAACUGAUGACUUCAGCCAUGAUAAUGUGAUUGGGGAGGGAGGGUAUGCAGAGGUAUACUUAGGAAAAUUGGAAGAUGGAAACUUUGUUGCCAUAAAGAAGCUCACAAGAGGGAACCAAGAAGAAAUGACUGCAGAUUUUUUGUCUGAGCUUGGAAUCAUAGUUCAUGUGGACCAUCCAAACAUUGCUAGAUUGAUUGGAUAUGGUGUUGAAGGUGGAAUGUUCCUUGUUCUUCAGCUCUCUCCACAUGGCAGCUUAUCAUCCAUACUUUAUGGGCCUAGAGAGAAGCUCAAUUGGAGUCUCAGAUUUAAGAUUAUUUUGGGAACUGCCGAGGGACUUUGCUAUCUUCAUGAGGGAUGUCAAAGAAGGAUCAUUCACAAGGAUAUCAAGGCUUCUAAUAUUCUUCUCUCUGAGACUUUUGAGCCUCAGAUAUCUGAUUUUGGCCUAGCAAAGUGGUUACCUGACCAAUGGACUCACCAUACUGUUUCCAAAGUAGAAGGCACAUUCGGGUACCUUCCCCCUGAAUUCUUCAUGCAUGGAAUAGUAGAUGAGAAAACUGAUGUAUAUGCUUAUGGUGUGCUAUUAUUGGAGCUAAUCACUGGAAGACAAGCUUUGGAUAGCUCACAAAAAAGUCUUAUCAUGUGGGCAAAGCCUUUGUUAAUUGCAAACAACAUAAAAGAGCUAGUUGAUCCAGUUCUUGAAGACAAUUAUGAUGAAGAGCAGAUGGACCUUGUGAUCUUAACAGCAUCUCAGUGUGUAGAACAAUCGUCGGCUCAACGGCCUCUUAUGAGUGAGGUGCUACAAAUAUUAAGAGGGGAUGAAGAGAGCUUGAAGUGCAUGAAAGAAAGACAAAAGUCAAAAAUUCAAAGAACAUACUCUGAAGAACUGUUAGAUGCAGAUGAAUACAAUUCAACUAAGUAUUUGAGUGAGAGUCAGAGCCAAAGAGCACGCCAUAUGGAGUUUAUUCUAAGCAGUAACUCACCCACACAAGAAACGGAACAAAAUUGAUUAUAUAGUUUAGAGAAAAGUUUAUGUUAGCCACUAUUAUUGUGAAUUCAAACGUGCCUUUAUUAAUCCUUCUUAAUUAGUAGUUCUUCAAUUGUAUUAAAUGUAAUUAUUUUAUAAUUAUGUAUGAUGAAAAUAUGUUGCCGUGAAUCAUAC